AGAUUCUCCAAAGUCGGCUCGACAGAGCCCCGAGCUACUUUAGGUAGUUGAGCAAGAUCUAUACAGGAGAUAACACGUAUUGACUGGGAAGUCAUGGGAAGGCGUGGGACGGUUCAAGGAGCUCAAGAACCCUCCCAAACCUUACGUCAUUGCAUACCCGAGGUCAUUCACCACCGGUUUGGUGGCUCAGAGCCGGAAUGACCUCCUCCUGUGUUGCUGCUGACCUUGACCAAUGACCUCGGUCAAGCACGGAUCUAUGAAGAAGGACUAGGAACCAUUUGGGCGUUUCUGUGCUCGAUUUUGAAGAUGGACUUGUAUUGCACUUGUACAAUAAACAAUCAAGGGGAGAAUCACGUAUGCAUGGAUGGUCGGCAUGCUCUCGCCGGAUGAGUCGGUUUUGAGGCCUGCAGUCACUCCGCAACCCUCCACCAAGAAGGCUUCCAAGCAGAGCAAUCCUAUUUCGUCAACUCCACGAACGCCCGAUAGUGUUUCGAACCUCCCACAUCCCCAUCUGGACAAGUCUGUUCGCCCGAUCUUCGAGAUCGCCUACAGAGACCAUGACUCGACUACGGCAGUUUAUCUAAUACCUAAUUCUUCUUAGCCGACCUAGCUCUUUUACCCGCCACCAGCCGACAACACUGCCGAGACAAUGACGAUCUCAGGCGGCAACUGAACGACAAGCCAGCCACUCACGCUGGCAUGACGGGCGGGGAAGAGAGACCACAUGACAGACAAACCACCCCUUUCUGGGAGGCAAGAACCGGGAAUGGUACUAAGAACACAAACUUCCACGACGCGUUAAGGCUGUCCCUCCGCAACUGGGCAUGAGCAGCGAACCCGGCC